AUGGCUAAGGUUGCAUUUUCUACACUCUCUUUUGCAUAGUCAACUAUCACAUUCUGAACACCUUCAGAGUGUACACAGCCAUCCCAUCUCAAAAUAAAGCACCCUCGUAUUCCUAUCCACAAGAAGAACAACAAUUCUCUUCAACCCCUCUGGAUACCCCAACCAUAACCGCACAUCCACCCUUAGACAAUGACCCGCCUGCACAUCGCCAACCUCCACAACCAAAGGCUGAUUCUUACAAACGCCUCCCCGAGACCAAAAAUAAUCAUCAGGCUCCGUCUCAAGCCCCCAGGAAACGGCAGAUACUGAGUCGUCGCACGACAAAGACGGAUUGAAAGUACUCGAAGCCCUACACGAUCGACGAGGUAGAGAUAUGCCACUGUCAGAAGAAGUGACCAUGACAGCGGCAGAAAACACGGCACAUGGACAUGAUAUCAUGAGACUGCUAUUUGAACAGAAAGGCGAGCUUCCAAUAUCAGAAAACGCCGUCAGGGCAGCGGCAAAGAACUCGCAUUGUGGGUAUGGGGUUUUGACAUUUCUACUUGAUCAAACCAAGAGCUCCCAGUAUCAGACUAGGUGAUCAUCGAAGCAGCUCCUAUCAAACACGUAGGAGACAACAUGCUGCAUGAAUAUUUUUGGACAUGCAAAUCAUCUUGAUCUGACCAUUCCUAUUCUGGUAUAGACUGUGGC